GUCUAUCAUCAUAAGAAGAAUUCAUCAGAGACAUAACAUUGCCAACCUAUUAAUUCACAUUCACUUUAAUGUCUUCCUUCCUGAAACUUAUCAAUUGUGAUAAUUUCAUUAAAUUUUAUAAGAAGAAUCAUGAUAAGAACAUAAAUUUGUUAAGAGUUUCAAGUGACGCCGGAAUAUCAAAAAGUUAUAUGAAAGGGUUAACAAAAUUAAAAUUUGUUUUAAAAGAGUUCAAUAUCAAUGAUAAUUCAGAAUUAUCAAGAGAAGUUUAGGAAACACUACUGGUCUGUGAGCCAUAUGAUAUAAAAAAAAUCAAAGAAAUACUUUUAGCGUUAUAUAAGGCAUGUUAUCUGCACUUAAUGUAUCCAACUUUUAGUUCUGAUGAAGUGGCUCUUGUUCAACAAUUUAGGAUGGUACAUAAUAAUAUUUUAGGAGAUUCUAAAAUUGAAUUUAAAGAUAGAAGAGUAAAGGCUCGAUUACAAAUCUUUAAAGAGUAUACAUUAUUUAUGAAAUAUCUAUGUGUUAAGUGGGAAAUUAAAAGCCUUAAAAACCAAAUAAGAUCUUCAUUCAGUCCCAACACCACUUCAGUCAAUACGUUAACCAAUGGCUUAAAACCAGAUUUCAAUAAUACAGCGGAAGGCUAUGAUGCAAAAAACACAUUUUUUAAUGAUAAUGGAUACUUUUUUCCUCAAUUCGUUUCCAAACCAUACUCUAGCUUUGUCAAGGAAAAUAUGCAUUUACUAAACAUUGUACCAACAGCUGUUGGUUCUAUUGAUAUUUGUCAUCAUAUUCCAGAUAUAGUUUCUUGUGCUAAAAAGGAAUUUGUAAUUGAAUCAGAAUUAUUCUCACUUUUGAAUGUUGCUGGAGAGUUAUUUAAGAAUAAUAAAUUCAUUUUCAAAAGGCAGGAAACUCAGUACAUUAAAGAUACCGAUUAUAAAUCUAUUCCAGAUAUUUCAAUCACCAUCAAUAAGUUGGAUACAGUACCAGUUGAAAUCAAGUGUAAUAAAAUUAAGGAGAAGUUCCAAAGUUUUGACCUUUCUAAAUCCAAAACCAAUAAUGAAUCAAAGCAGUUCAUUAAUUUGUUUCUGCAAGGCUUUAUGCAAAGUCUUCUGUGUAAUUCAAAUACAUUUAUAAUUACUGAUGGAAGUUAUUGUAUUGGUUUUAUUCUAAAUCACUAUCCACUGAUAUCAUAUAAUAUGUCCAAAUUAUAUCGUAUUCCAUGUGAGAUUGUAAUCUUUGAUGCCGAGCAUGAGCAAGUAUCAGUACCAACUUUCAUCCUUCUAUUUACAUUAAAGUUUUCCAAAACAGUUGAGGAAUCAAGGGUCUCGGAUUUUGUUACAUCGUUGUCUUAUACCAAGGAUCAAACAUCACAAUUGUGGAAGGAUAGAUACGAAACUUUAUAUUCAUUCUAUGAGUUGAUCUCAUCUGUGCCGAAUAAUAUCAAGGUUAAUAUCCAAACACAGGAUGUGUUAACUCUGGCAAUAAGUGGAGAGCACAAUAACAAUCUAGAUUCUAGUGCAACAGAAUUUGGUGUUGGCAGUUCAGAUGAUGGUGACAGUGAUAUACAUACUAUAAAUGAGUAUAUUCAAGGUGCAUUAGAAGUCAUUUAUAAUUAUCCUGAAGAUACGGAAGCUGAUAUGCAAGAUACUAUGGAAGAUGAUUUGGAAGAUGACAUUGAAGAUGACAAAAUGACUAAUAAUUCUUCUGUUAGAUUUCAAGAUCUGGAUAUAAAACAAAUUAAAGAAGUUGAAAUAAAAAUAUUUCAGAAGUUUGAUAUAAAUAUGUCUCUUAUUGGUUAUUGCGUGCUUAAAAAUAUCAUGAAUAUGGAAUUAUUGGACAUAAGUUCCAUUGGCAGCUAUACAAUUCUUAGUGGAAAGCUUCCACAAAAGAACUAUUCGAUUGUUAUUAAGACUGGAGAUGAUAAGAUCUAUAAGAUUUUUGAUCCUAUCCUUUGCAAAGUUGAUGAAUCUAGUACUGUUGUUUAUUUUGAAGACCGCUUAAAACAGAGUUUUAAGUACUUCAUCCGUGAAAGUUUAGUUAACGUAUUGCUAAAUAAAACUAAAUUUAAGCCUAAGUGCUAUUCAAUUGGAUUUUUGAAGAAUCAAGAGGCGAAGACCUGUUCUGAUAUAGGCAGUGUGAAUUCCAUGUCCGGAUUCUAUAUUAAAAUGCAGCAUGUUAAGGGUGAAGUACUCCUGAAACUGAAUUUCAACAGCAAAGCAGAAGUUGAAUUGUACAAUGUUAUGAAAACUCUCCAUGGCCUCGGUGUUAGUCAUGGAGAUGUACAUGCUUCAAACUUCCUUUAUGAUACAGGCACCAAUUCAAUGAUGAUAUUGGAUUUUGGUCGUCUGUAUCAAGCAUACCUCAGAGGUAAUGCUGGGUUUAAAAAGAAAGGAACAUACAUUAGUGAACUCGAGAAAAGAAUUAAAUUUGAUAAUGAAAACACUAAGUCAAUGAUACAUAAAUUGGUUCAUGGCCCUAGAUCGUGUUAUCCUUUCCUGUAGGUAAAUAAAUAAAUAAUAGAUUUAUUAAAAUUGUAACUAGCUAUUAUAGAACUAAAAAUAUAUACAUAUGUAUAACAAUAGUCCCAUCAACAAAUUAACCUUUAUAUUAAAUGCAUCUAUUAUUGUAUCAACCUUAAAUCCUUCUCAACUAUAACACCACCUACCUUCAAAUAUUCCGCUAAUAUCUGGACCUUGAUGGGUUAAAUUCUAAUUUAUCAAAGAUUCUGGAGUGUUUCUAGGUACUUUAGUAUGAUGAUAUUUGACUUUAUAUCUGGAAGAUUCAUCGCCAAUCACAUACACAACAUGUAGUAGUAUUAGUAUCAACUGUAUGAAUUACAUUGUUGAUGUGAUUGAUAUAUGAUAAUUAAUCUUGAUUUUUGAUCUUUUUUUAAGAGUAUGAGCCUUGGAUAGUAGCUACACCGACUU